AGUUCUCAUCAUAUUUAUACCUAACACCCUUUCAACAACUCAAAAUCUCAUUUACUCGCAACUUUGCUGUCACUUUUAAAAUUUAUAGGCAAACACCUACACUCACACUAAGCAUGAAGGAAGCCGCGGCAGCCAUCCAGGACCUCAUGCGCGACACCGCGCAUCUGUUCGACCAGGCACGCAAACUAAACUCGCAGCUGUUGCAAAUAGAUACGUUUGUCAGCAACGAGGAAACGCGCACAUUAUUGAGGGAUCUGGACAAGUGCAAACGCCAGUUUAAGGUACUGGCUGUUAUGCUGGAGUCAGAAACCAUUGAGAGUGAUACUUUGGCCAGAAAUUCCGAUGCAAUGAUGGGUGGAUUGCAAAGGGAGCGCGAUCGGCUUUAUGAAGAGGCUGUCGACAAGGCUGAGCAGAUUCGCAAGCUGUUGGACUGUGUGCGGCAGAUACAGUUGACCUCGGCGCAACUUCUUCAGAUAUAGGAGCUUUGUGAUAUUUACUGUUAGUAGAGCUCUGGUUGCAUGCCAACAAAUUGGAAAAUGAAAUGCGGAUUAUUAAUUUUCCGAGGGCUCAUUGCGCAUGAUUAGCUGAUAUUUUGUCCUGUCUUGUCCUGUCCUGAUCUGGGUGCUGUUUCGGGUGUAUUUCGCAACUAUCCAAAUUCUUCAAACCACUGUUUGCAGAUGAGAUUUUUGACUGCUAAAAAUAAAAGCGGCCAUAAAUUGGGGGUAUCUAUUUUUCAUUCAUACGUCAAUCGUUCUCACUCGCUGCCGCGGGAGCGGUAUUCGGAUAGAUUUGAUUAAAAAAAGUCUAAAUAUAUAAAACAAAAC